AUGGCUAUCUCCAAGAACUUACCAUUAUUGAAGAACCACUUCAGAAAGCACUGGCAAGAACGUGUCAAAGUUCACUUUGACCAAGCCGGUAAGAAGGCCUCUAGAAGACAAGCCAGAUUAUCCAAGGCUGCUUCUAUUGCCCCAAAGCCAAUCGACACCUUAAGACCUGUCGUCAGAGCCCCAACUGUCAGAUACAACAGAAAGGUCAGAGCCGGUAGAGGUUUCACCUUGGCCGAAUUAAAGGCUGUUGGUUUGACUGCCAAGUACGCCAGAACCAUCGGUAUUUCCGUUGACCACAGAAGACAAAACAAGGCUCAAGAAACCUUCGAUGCCAACGUUGCUAGAUUACAAGAAUACAAGUCUAAGUUAGUGAUUUUCGACAAGAAGACCAAGGCCGCCGAAGCUGCUGCUUACGAACAAGUUUCUACCGGUGCCGUCUUCCCAGUUGUCCAACCAUCUGUCGAAUCUGCUCCAAGAGCCGUCGAAGUUCCAGAACAAACUGCCUUCAGAACCUUGAGAUUGGCCAGAAACGACAAGAAGUACAAGGGUAUCAGAGAAAAGCGUGCCAAGGACAAGGCUGAAGCUGAAGCUGACAAGAAGAAGAAGUAA